CAGAAUGGUGACUGGUGACUUUUGCGCUAUUAUAUAGUUUUGCUUUGCUGAGGAGGCUGACUGCUCUUCUCUUGGGUCUGGAAAUUUAAGUCUGAUUUAGACUUAUAAGUAGCUGCAUGAGUUUAAUCUUAAAACGAGUAUCUGAUUAUUUAUAUACUUUAUUGGGGCUUAGCCUAGAGAGAAGGAUUGAGUUUUGCAGUGCACAAAAUAGAAGGUGUGUAAACCAGCGAACGCGUUGAAAUACUUGGACAAGCAAACAUGUCGAAGAGGAAUGAUUACAACAGCAGGCGAGACGAUUACCGGAGAGAUGACGACUACGAUGACGAUUACAGAAAAGGGUCAAGUGCCUACAGAGCAGAGGACAGAGACAGGCGAAGAGAGGAUAGUGACGAGGAUGAGUCGAGAAACCGUGAUCGUUCACCCAUCAGAUCUGCAUCCCAUGACAGACGCGAGUUAUCCAGUAGUAGUUCUCAGAAAGCACCGUCAGACAGACAGAAACUCGCCUUUGGUUUUGAUCCAAAAUCAAAUGACUCAAAAAAAGGUGGUGGUAAUAUUCAGCUGAAACUGGGUACUUCAUCGUUACAGAAAUUUCAAAAGCCAGCACCUGUUAAGAAGCACACUGUAGCUUCUGUUUUCAAUAAUUCUGAUGAUGAUGAGCCAGAAGAGAUGCCAGCCGAAGCUAAGAUGAGAAUGAGAAAUAUUGGUAGGGAUACACCAACAUCUGCAGGACCCAACUCUUUUGGAAAAACUAAGCAAGGCUUUUGCGACUCCAAAAAGAUAUUUGAAAAAUCUUUGAAGAAAGCAAUGGAAGAGGCAGACAAAUGAUUCUCACGUUUUUCAAGUUAAUUUAUUAUGGUUAUUACCUUGAAACAAUUGUGUUAAAUAAAUUUAUUAAAAGUAACA